AGUAAAGACAAGAAAUCAAUCAUGAACUUCUCCUGGCUUGCCGUUCUCCUCUUGGCCAUCUUUGCCAUGACUGCAUCCGCCGACAAGUGCUCAGCUCCCUUCAAGAAGGAGGGAAAUCAGUGUGUUUCCAACCGUACCAUUCGUGGAGAAUGCCCACACAACUCCCAAUAUAGUGCCAAGAUUAACAAGUGUGUUCACAAGUAA